AUGCAUACCCGGGAAGAUACAUUCAAAGAACAGGCUGCACGUCUGUUGAAGGAGGUACCCCUAAUUGAUCAAUUAGAUGGCCAUAAUGACUUUCCGUACAUUAUCAGAGGCUGGCUUCAAAAUCAGAUCAAUGGGAAAGAAUCUACCAUUCAUGAUAUGCCCAUUGGACAAACGGAUAUCUUGCGCCUUCAAGCCGGGUCAGUCGGGGCCCAGUUCUGGAGUGCAUUUGUUCCCUGUCCAACACCCGAGGAGCAAGAACAAGGUUGCGUAGUUCAAUUGCACAAAACUCUUCAGCAAAUUGAUCUCAUUCACCAGCUCAUCGAGAUGCAUCCUGAUACCCUAGUAUUAGCGGACUCAGCAGCCAGCAUCUUAGAUGGGUUUCGCUCGGGACGCAUUGCUAGUCUAAUCGGGGUGGAAGGUUUGCAUCAAAUCGGCAAUAGUAUGAGCGUGCUUCGGAUGUUUCACCGGCUUGGAGUCCGAUAUGUGACACUCACGCACAACUGCCACAACGUAUUUGCCGAUGCAGCGGUCAGUGUUUUGAGCAUUAUGACAUCAUUUGAGAAUUGGGCUAAUACCGUAUAG